AUCCACAGGAGAGAGAAAAACGCUUUUCCCACUGAAGCCAAAAACCCUUCGGGUUUCUUUUCCAAAACUCAUUUUUUUUCCCAAUCUUUUCAAUGAUUCUCUCAAUUCUGAGAGGCUAAUUAGGUAGUUCACUGGCCCCUACUGCAAAAGGUUAUGUUGUUCACAAAUCUAUGUGAUAUUGUAUUUCUUUUAGGGAUUUCAAGGAUUCAAAAGUUUAAUUGCUGAUUGAUUACUCAUAGGGGUUUUAUGGCAGAAAUGUUUGAUUACUCAUACGGAUUUGAUAGAUGUGAGCUACUAAUUGGUCUGUGCUUUGGGAGUUUUGUUCCAGCGGCUUCAUGUUUAUCAAGUUGGUUCAUGAAUCUCAACUUUUCCCCUGGUCUUUCCCCUUGUCAGUUUGAUGAUUCACCUACUUCGUAAUUGCUCCUCCGGUAACCUCCCUACACAUCAUGCUGGUAAUUGCUUAUUACCUCUUGGUUUAUUUACUUCACCUGAUUGUGUCGCCUGCUGCUGCAUCCUUUAGAACAGAUGUCAAGAUUGUAAGGUUUAAUCUCAAAAACACCUUUCCAAUCAAGUUUUUUUCCUCUGAUCUAUAUACCUGCAACAUUUUUUUGUUCCCUGGAACUUGCCGCAACACCCAUAACUUUAUUUAAAUUAUGUCCACCGCUUAUCAAAUUAUCAUUGAUUUCAUGUAUAAAUUCAGUUGUUUGCUACUAUUACUUACCCCCAACACCUUUAUCAAGACCCAGCUCUCCCAGCCCUUAUUACCCCUAUUAUUUUCCUAUCCUUUUUUCUUGCGGUUGCCUGUGAACCCAAACCUGAGUGUGUGUUGCUCUAAACUCUCCAUUACCAUGUCAUCUCUUUGGACCGGUGAUGUAAACAGACUUACCAAUUUUAUUCAAGAUUCCAUGAACCUGGCUGGUGGAAGGCACGACAAUUUCUCCCACAUACCCCAUGAGUUUUUAGCUGCUUCCAGUAACUUAUGGAGGCACUGUCUUAUUGGUGGUUUUUCUUCGAAAGCUGAGGUUAGACCUAAAGACCUCAGUCGUGCCUGCAAGUAUAAGUGGAGGAUUCAUGGAGAAAAAUGGGAUGAAAACCUGGAUAUCAAUGAUAUUUCUCAUACUCAUGAAGAAUUUGACAUCACGGUCCAUGAGUUCUACCCAGAUCAGAUUGCAGGUUUAGCUCCUGGCUUAUACUUACGUCGUAUGGGUGUCAUUGUUGCACGUAACUUACCCUUCCGAAGACCCAACGGACUGUAUUCAAUACAACUUCGUGUCAGAGUUGAUAUUCGCCAACCGCUACACUUUGGCACACAUGCUGAAUAUGGAGAAGGAGAAGAAGCAUGUAUCAAUUGGCUUGGAUUUGAAUAUCAUGAAUUCCCAACAGUGUUUUGCUCCUUCUGCCAUAGGGUUGGACAUAAAAGACAUGAUUGUCCAGAGAUUAUUUUCGCACAACAGCCUGCACAACAACCAGCACAAGGAGAGCCUUAUGUCAUUCCACCACUUGCAGAGUUAUUCCCUGACUACCGUUCUGGUGAAGAUGACAGCAUGGAUUACUCGGAUAGCCUACGCGUCCAUGCCUCCAACUCCCCAGCACAAUCGGAGAUUUCAAUCCCUGAUUAUGAUGAAUCAAUUACUCAAGACACUGCAUCUUCAGCCGCUUCAUCGAAUCAGAGGAAACCACCAAGUGAGGAGAAGAGUGAGAGCCAAAUACCAAGAGGCGAAACCCACCUCAUCUCAUGGACGUCAUCACCAAUGAAACCGAGAACUCUACACUGCCAUUUCUCAUAAGGGUUUAACUGAAGUUACUCAGGCACGAGAACAACUCAACAUGGAGGAUUACCUUGAUUGGAUUGCAACUUGGCCUGCAAACAAGAGACCAAAAUAUGCUAAAAUUGCUGCAGCCAACCCAUCCUAUCUUGUUGAUUUGUACCAGGCAUCCAGGGCGUCAAAGAAGCUGAAACCCCAAAACAUCCCGACUGCACUUUAGAUGGAUCUGGACAGUGAAGAAUCGGAUGAUGAUCAAUGUAAUGAUGCAAUGAAAGUAACGUCAUGUACUAACGAUGAUGAAGCUUCAUCCUCCAAAGCUCCCAAGCCGAAGCCGCAGAAUCCGUAAUUUGAAUCCCUGACAUGAAGAAGUAUCACAGUAAUAUCUUAAAAGCAACAUAACCUAGUCGUAGGGCCGGUGGACGCUAGUCACUUUUCCUGUUUUUUUGGUUAUCUAAUAGGCCCCUAGUAGUAUUAAUUUCCCUUCUGUUUCAGUGUACUUUACUUUUCCUGUUGUGUAUUGUGUAGUUUAUAUCUUUACUUUCCUGUUGUCUGUUGCUUAUUCUGUAUUCCGGUCCACUCAAAGUUUCUACUACUACUACUAAGUAGCCUUUGGUGUACCUAGAAGUAGUUUGAACUAAACCUCUGGUUUCU